AUGUCAGUUUAUGGAGGCAGAGCGGUGAGGGCAGUGGUACACCAGGAUGGAGACGUGGUCAUGGAGGAGACAGCCAGCAUAGAGCCAAGGCAGGGCGAUGUCUCUGUGCUGCCCAGGCAGCUUACCAGCCCAGCCAUUCAGCCAAUUGACUCUUUUGGGAACCAUGAGAACACAGUACCCCCUCAAGCUGCUUUUCAAUUCCAAGGACACCAAGGGCUUCUCAUAAUCCCCCCAGACAAUUCACCCACUGAUAUAUACAACUUCGACUAUCAGUUGUCAAAUGUGCAUGAAGACAACUAUCAAGAUCAUACCCAACCAACAGUCUCAAGCUGUAGUCCCUCACAGCCCAGGGGCUGGCACCUGGUGCAAGAUGAAAUGACGGAGUGUAAAACAACCGACUCUUACCAAACGACGCAAACAAGAAAGACCCAGGGAGAGGAGGAACCCUGCAACAGAGGGAAGAGAUUUAGAAGACCAGAUAUACAGAAAAGAAAGCCAGUUCGGAAAGCGCCUCAAGCCAAUCCAGAUCCAGUACCUGAGAGAAAAAGAACAGCUCCCAUUAACCCUGCAUAUACAGUCAGAAAAUCACGCGUGGCCAACAGGGUCCACAUGCGGCCAUUAAGGGACAGGGUAAUUCACUUAUUGGCACUGAGGGACUACAAGAAACCUGAACUCUUUGUUCGACUUCAGAAAGAUGGCAUCCCUAAAAAUAACAAGAACUCCCUUGGAAAAAUUCUGCAGCAGGUAGCCAGUCUGAAUCCUCGUACUCUUUCAUAUACUUUAAAGGAUUAUGCUUUUAAAGAGCUCCAAAGAGAGUGGCCCGGAUACAAUGAACUAGAUAGGCAGACAUUGGACUUGGUGCUUUCCAGAAAACUAUGUCCAUUUCAGAAUGCUACUGGCACCAACCCCCCAGAAGCUUCUCUAGCUUCCAGUAGAGAUGAAACAUUGUCUCCUUCUGAGGAACAGCUUCUCGAUUCAGCUGUUAUUGAUUGUUCAAAGAACAGAAAAGUUAGAAUAUCUCACGUGACAACUACAGUACAGACAACGUCAAGCGGUCAUUUGAGUGACACCAGUAACAGCUCUGCUGCGGGUCACUCACCACCCUUGGAAGCCACCCCCGAUCACAUCAUGCAACCAUCGCCCACAACCUACCUUCCCAGUUGGAGUCCUCCUCAGCCUGUAAGUUCCAGCUGCAGCUCCUGCAGCUCUGCGGAAGGACCUGAAGCUCAAGAUUCAGAUGUUGACAGUUUUAGUCAAAACAGUACGACCCCUGAGGGCCAAGAGGGUAAAUGCACAUUUGAAAAGAUAGCCUCUAUUUCAAUUCAAAUGAAGUGUUCGAAAAAUCUUUUGUCUGAUGGGCAGUUCAGAUGUAAAAUUACGGAACAUAAAGUAAAGAACCAGGAGUACACUAUUAAGAUUACACAGAAACCGAAGACAGAUCGUGAAGGACAAGGUGAAGGUGAAAACCUGAAUUCAAGUGAAGAAGUUCAAAACGUUGGCACUGCCUCUGGCAACACCUGCUCAACAUCUGACUUUCCGGAUUACCUGACUGACUAUGUCACCAUAGUUUCCUCUGAGCAACGUCAGCGCUAUGAGCAGAUAUUUAGAGUAGAAUAUGAUGAAUACAAGGCCUUGUAUACCAAGAUACUGACUUUAUCUAAGACAUCUAUUUCCCUAAAUUCAAAAAGGAAGUACCUUUCUCCAGACUCAAAGGAAUAUCAGGCUAUUAAUAAAAAAAUCUCACUGGAAUAUCAGAAGAUGAAACAGGUUAAUCCCACUUACUGUGCAGAGAAACAAAGAUGCCAGUAUCUUUACAAAAAGCUGUCUCACAUUAAAAAGUUGAUAAAUAAUUAUGACGAGCAGCAAAUAGAGUUAGCACUAGAACAGUGCUAG